CGGUUUAACUUCCAAUGGAAAACGUUUUGCGGUGAGAUUCCAGACAGCGCACCCGGUGGUCUGAGCGCGGGGUCCUACAUGCUGAUCAUAGUCUUGCCAGCCGUUGCCCUGUAUUUUGUAGUGGGUAUUGUGGUGCAGAAAUUUGUACUAAAGGGAGACAACAUGCUGCCGAACUCUGGCUUAUGGACAUCACUACCGGGAUUAGUCAAGGACGGCUUUUUCCUUAUUGUGCCCCGCUCUGGCGGAGCCAGCUUACCUGGCUAUGACUCGAUAGGCAAGUCCUAGAGUAGGCCCUAUGCUGGUGCCUCGAUAUGGACAUUUACAACAUUUGUUUUGAAACAUUUCAAAUGUCAUCAUAGUUAUUUAAUGUGAUGACAUUAUAAUCACAAUUAUGGUUAGAAGUUUUAUAUGUCAUGCCACCACAUGGUAUUAUGACACAGUGUUUUUUUUAAAUGAUGCUGAGAGAAUUCAGUUGUAUGCGCUUCACGUCGGCACCCCUUCUUGCAAGCUUUCACCCCCUGAUGUGUACCAUACCCAGCAUUGAGCGGCUGUCUUUGCAUGUGCACACUCCUGCCGCUGUGGGUCACAUUCACGUUAUCCAAUACGCCACUUCUCGCAAUCUCUGGUCUGCUGUGCUGCAUUGCAUGGCUCAGGGAACCAAGUGCACUAAAGAAAUCAAUGUCAUUCGAACCAGGACCAGCAGCAAUCCCUUUGUGAUAAUAAGUUAGCCCCUGUGCCUCUUUCUUCUUGAAGGAUGUAAAUAUAUUUUACGGCAACACCAAAUACAUCGUUCUUGCUCACAUGCCUGUUGUUCAUUAUUUCCAGCAAGCUGUGUCCGCUUCCAGGACAAUUUUCUACGCUCAUGCAUUUUGAUGUUUUCCGUCAAUCCGUUUCGCUGUGGA